AUGAGCGAAGAUUCGUCGACGCAAAAAGCAAUGGAACUUGAUAAAAUGAGUAACGGAUCGACUGAGAUAAUUGAGAACAACCAAGAUGUCGAAGGUGACAUUGAAGAAAGCCAAAAAGAAGACUUGAAUGAGAAUACAUCUAAUGAGAGAGGCGGGUGGGAUAGUAAGGCUGAUUUCAUAAUGGUUUGCAUUGGAUAUGCUGUGGGUCUCGGCAACAUCUGGAGGUUUCCAUAUAUGGUAUAUAAAAAUGGAGGAGGAGCUUUUCUUAUCCCAUAUUUCUUGUGUCUCGUGUUUUUGGGAAUCCCUAUGUUCUAUCUGGAGAUUGGUCUUGGACAGUAUCUACAAUUGGGCGGUAUAAGCGUUUGGCAAAUCGUACCUUGCUUCAAAGGGGUUGGCUACGCGUCGGCGUCAGUCGCUUGUAUAAUGAAUGUUUAUUACAUUGUUAUCAUCGCAUGGAUACUUGUCUAUUUAUUUUUCUCAUUCUUCCCUACGUUACCGUGGACUGUAUGUGACGCCUACUGGAAUGAUAUUUACUGUUACGACUACACAUACCAUAAUACCACCAACAAUGCAACACAAUUCUGUACCGGAGAAUACAACAAUAUUACAAUCAAUAUGACUGACUCAGAAUCGCCGUCGGAACAGUUUUGGAAUAACUUUGUGUUGCAGAUGUCUGACGGAAUACACGAUAUUGGAUCCCUUGUAUGGUAUUUGGUGGUUGCUCUCACCGUUGCCUGGUUACUGACAUAUGCCUGUAUUGUUAAAGGUGUCAAAACUACCGGAAAGAUUGUAUGGUUCACUACUACAUUCCCCUAUGUUAUAAUAACUAUUCUCUUGAUUCGAUCUGCGACAUUACCUGGCGCCGAUGAGGGCAUUUAUUAUUACAUUGUUCCAGAUUGGGAAAAAUUGUUGGAUCCACAGGUUUGGGUCGAUGCGGCGUCACAGAUUUUUUUCUCUCUCGGUGUUGGUAUAUCAUCACUUAUAUCACUUGGGAGUUAUAACAAGUACAGCAACAAUAUAGUAAUAGAUUCACUCGUUGUAUGUUUCGUAAAUUGUGGUACCAGCUUUUACGCUGGUUUCAUGGUCUUUGCCACUCUUGGAUUUAUGGCACAUGAACAAAACGUGGAAGUGUCGGAAGUCGUCGAUUCUGGUCCAGGAUUAACGUUUAUCACAGUACCAACAGCAAUAGCAGAAAUGCCAGGUGCCCAAUUCUGGUCGAUAUUAUUCUUUUUCAUGUUGCUACUUCUUGGACUGGAUAGUCAGUUCUGUGUGGUAGAAGGAUUCUAUACAUGCCUUUGUGACGAGUACCCCAAGUAUCUGAGAAAACAUCGACCAUUGUGUCUGGCCAUACUGUGUGUUAUUUACUUCUUUGUGGCGCUACCGUGUCUUACAAACGCUGGCAUCUAUUUCUUUGAGCUGCUUAAUGUAUAUGGUGCCGGUGGCUACGUACUACUAUGGGUGGCACUCUGGGAAUGUAUUACUAUAUGCUAUGUCUAUGGAAUAAAGAAAUUUAUGCGUGGAAUGCACCACAUGCUGCAGAAAAAACCUUCGUAUUUUUGGCCAAUUUCCUGGUGUUUAUCAAUCCCCGUUAUUCUUAUAUUAAUUCAGCUAUUCAGCUUCGUGUCAUACAGUGGUGCCAUGUACGGUGAGGACUACCACUACCCGGUAUGGGGUGAAGUAUUGGGAUGGUUGAUGGCGGUCUUCUCAAUGCAUUGGGUUGUGACCUAUUUUAUAUACUCCAUCAUCGUCACACCCGGUAAUAUGAAACAGCGCUGGUACACAGCAACUCAUCCACGUCCACAUCUAGUAAUCCAUGGUCUUAAUGGGAGCAAAGAAGACGUAGAAGGUAGCCUGCCGCCGACCAACGAAAAUGUCGUGAUCGACGAGUCUACUGAUUUGUGAGCAUGUGUACAAAAUCAUCCAAGACUGUGGCUGUAGAAAACAGAAAAUAGAAUAAUAACAUAGUACUUACAUAUACGAAUAACAACAAUAUUCUUCGUUUAUUUAAUCAGAUCGGCUGGAUUUAAUUGGCUGAAUUGAAUACCGAAUUUAUUGUGAAUUUCAAAUUCUGCUCAAAUUCUUCCGGAUCGCUCAAUGCUCAACUUUAAAUUGUUAAGGACUAAUUUGUUUUUAUGUAUUUCGCUCAUUGCCAAAAUGUGCUUAGUCUGGUUUCCAAAAAGCCAUCAAAUGGCGCCAUCGCGUUCGUAUCGUCGAUCUGAGAUCGAGCAGCGCAAUGUGACGCAGGAGAAUCUAAGAAGACACGUGUGUAUUUUUUGUUGUAGUCGUGGAAGUGUCUUGCCAACAAUGUACUGAACAAAUUAGUUAUAAACAUUGUGUAGACAAAGAAUCACUCAGUCACAUAUAUAUUAUUGGAUAUCUGAAUUCAAUUUAUGUGUUAUGUAAAAACAUUUCACAUCAUAAUUCAGCAUUUAUGAUUUCAAUCAUCUUGGGUUGCUACCAAUGUGUAAAUAUUAUAUUUUUAUAGAACUUUAUGAAUUAUCAGUUCUACCAUGUCACAUAUGAUGUAUAUUUUAAUAAUUCGAUUUGAAAAAUGAUAAAAAAAUUAUUGGAAGAAAAGUAUCAAAAGAUUUUUUUAUUUAAGUAAAUUGUGAGUAUUAUUACAAUGUCUAAUGUGAUUUUGACAAUGUGGAUGUGACAUCUAUUCGAAAGAAAACGCCCUCUAAUAUUCGAGGAUGUUUUAUAUAGAUCUCUUGUUUUUAUCAACUGAGCAGUUAUAAUAAUGAGCCAUGGCAUACACAAUAUAUAAACUUUCUUAGGGUUAAUUUAUAUUUUUUAAAUAUCUGAUAAAGUUGAUUAUAUGAGUUUAAGGAUACACUCGAUAGACUGUUGUUGAAUGUUGACGAAAUGUUUAUUAGCGUUUAUGAGCUCCUGUUAGAUCUCGUUAUUCCGACGUGACGUGGGAAGACGCACCGAUAUUUAAAGCGGGAGGGUCGUCACCUGCGCACGCGCGAAAAUUGAGUCCUCAGCGACGAUUACAACACCCCAUAAAAACGCAAAGACUCAUGGGUAGACGCUUGUUUGUAAACAAUGAAACGCUAUGGCCAUCUGACGCAUGCGCAGGUGACGACUCCUUCGAUUUAACUAUCCUGUGGGACGGGCGUAAUGAAUUGUUUCAUGUCCCGUCUAUAAAUUUAAUCGGUUGAAAUAUGUUUGUUUUUUUAUUUUGACGGAAAAAUAUAAUUUGAAAAUAAAUAUACUUUACUUUAUUUCAAAA